AUGUCGCCACUUGCUCUCGAGACGCCAUCAACCUACUCGUGCAACAACAAAUUACCCACUCGUCAACAUUGUCUUAAAGUCAAAAGCUUACUCAAGCUCAGCAAUGACAUUGAUAAGAACGAGCGAGCCAUGAUCUAUAUGCAAGGAGCUGAUCACAGCAUGCGUGAUGAUACCGAUGUGGAAUUGGAAUUUCGUCAAGAAAGCAACUUUUUCUACCUCACUGGGGUGGAUGAACCUGGAUUUCAUGUGAUGAUCGAUUUGCAGACCGACCUUGUGUACUUGAUCCCACCAACAAUCCCUGAUACUGAGACGGUUUGGAAAGGUGCACCUGAUAGCACAUCCGAGCUCCUGAAGAAGUAUGAUGUCGAUGUUGUUAUGGAAGAAAGCAAAUUUGUUACCUAUUUGGCUGAUACGCUAAAGCCAACGGUGAUUCACAUGCUCGAUAAUGCAAUCGAUGAAAAGCGGCAAGUAGAGCGACCCACAUUACUCGAAGGAAUCAAUUGUGAGAUAUCUACCAACACAAUGCGAGAAGCGUUAUAUGAAGCACGGCUCAUCAAAUUUCCAUGGGAGAUUGACCUUAUUCGGCAAGCAACCUAUAUUUCAUCUCAUGCCCAUAUGGCUUUAAUGCAGGCCACCAAAACAAGGCACACCACUGAAAAGCAAUUAGCUGCAUACUUUCGAUGGAUCACAGCUUGCUAUGGUUUGGAUCGGCAAGCCUAUAUUCCCAUUGUUGCAUCAGGACCUCGUGCUGCUACAUUGCAUUACACCAAGAACAACAUGCCUCUACCCGAGGAUGCAUUAGUGCUAGUAGAUGCAGGUGCUGAAUGCCAGUGCUACAGUAGCGAUGUGACCCGUACGUUUCCGGUAUCAGGUACUUUCUCGGCUGAAGCCAAAGUCAUCUACAACAUUGUGCUUGCCAUGCAGGAGGCUGUAUUGGAUCGUCUUGCACCGGGUGUGAUGUGGACAGAGAUGGAGGACCUGGCUAUUCAGGUACUGUGUAACAAGCUUACCGAAAUCGGCAUUUUGGUCGGUACCCAAGAAGAGCUUAUAGAGUCUGGUGUGCCUUAUGCCUUUUACUUUCAUAGUCUUGGUCAUUCAGUGGGGCUUAAUGUCCACGAUGUUGGCGGGCGUACUAUGUACCACGCAGACCACAAGUUGGAGUACUCACCCUUCCUUGUGGAUCGGCCCUUAGAGUCCAGCAUGGUGAUCACUGUUGAACCUGGUCUAUACUUUAAUGAUACCUACCUCAAAAUCUGGACCCAGUUUCCUGAAUACCAAAGGUUCUUCAACAUGGAUGUACUUGAGCGAUAUCGAUCAGUCGGUGGAAUUCGGAUCGAAGAUACAGUCGUUAUUACACCUGAUGGUCAUGAGAACCUUACACUAGCACCAAAGACUGUUGAAGCUAUUGAAGCACUCAUGUCAUCAAAAACCAAAAAGCCACUACAAAGCAACCCCACACUAUCCAUCCCAUCAUCCAAUAACCUAAUCUUUUCGUCUUUGCCCAAUGUUUUAUCUCUUUCAUAA